GCACUUUCUCAUCAAAAUCACCGCCUAAAUACUAAUCACGGUUCUAUAGAUUUGUAACACAAGCAAUUCAUCCCCGCUUCAACUCAACUUAAAUUUAAUGUCCAUGAUAACUUCACCUCCCUCCAGCUCUCCAAUCCCUCGACGUAGGAAACGUAAAGAUCAAGCUUGUGAACCUUGUCGAAAGGCCAAAACGCGCUGUGAUCACACAACUCCCAUUUGCUUGAGGUGUCAACGGAAAGGUGCCGCUGCAAAUUGUAUAUAUGUGCCAUCGCAUCCUCCUCGUCAUGGCCAUUCUUCUGAACACUCGAUAUCCAAUCCUUCUCAUCCCGUCAGAGAUAUUAGAAACAAUUCCUUGGUGUCGCCGCAACCCUCUGAAUCUAUAGAUUCGCGGAUAGAUCAUGCUGCGACAUCAAGAAAAGUUUUUGGGUUCUACGGUCCCACGAGUUUCUCUGCCCCAUUUCUUGAUAACGAAAAUGGUCUCGUGUCGGAUGUCGAUGAUGAGGGAGAAUGCACAUUUUCUCCAGGUUCGAUAACCACGCCUCCCGCGCUAUCUAUAGUCACGAAUGGUCAGCAAACUGCGGAAAUAUCUUUGGGUAUGAGAAUAUUAAGUCAACUUCCUGACCAAGUUACCUGUGAGUCACUCAUGGAACACUAUACUUUGAAAUCAAUAGAGUAUGCUUUCCAUAAACCUACCAUCUUACAUUGUAUGAAAUCUCUAUGGUCUACCUUUGGUUCUAGUCUACGACAUCCGAGGAAGCCAGAGAGACUCAGAGAGAUAGCAUACUUGUUGAGCAAAAAUACCAGUACUGAAUUUCCUGAGGCUGAAGAUGGAGAUGCUUGGUUAUCUUCAAUGUCAGGUAUGAAUUUCAGGUGGGAAAUGUUGGGUAUACUGUUCAGUGUACUGGGGCAUCAGGCUGCUGGCAUGCGAGACAAGGAACAAGAAUCUUUUUUUGAAACACAGUCAGGUAGAAGAAAAGAGAGGCUUGUUUUUACUGAAGAAAUGCACGAGUGUGCUGAUGGCUGCGUACAAAUAUGUAGUAAGAUGGACAUAGGUAACAUUCUCAUGCUGAGUUUAUUGUGGAAAACAAACACGCUUCAGAGUGAAAUCAUAGGGGAUAUGUCCUUCAAAUUAUGGAGACGACAGGGUGACACAGUUCAUCUUGCUACUGCUCUAGGUCUUCACCAUUGUGCUGUUCGCCCCGAUGCUGGUGUUACAACAUCGCUAGAGAUCAAAAGGCGUAUAUUCUGUGCUGUAUUUGUCAACGAUAAAACAUUAUCGAUUUUCACUGGUAGGCCUCCUGGUUUGAGCCAUCGCUACAAUUCAUGCCCGUUACCUCUUGAUCUUGAAGAUGAGAUUCUUCUGGCCGGAAAGGAGACCCUUCAAGAAGCAGCGAGUAAGCUUGAUGAGAAUGGUUGGAACAGAGAUGGUAACAUAUAUUCAUGCUCGAGAAUUCGAGCCUCGAUGAUGUAUGGCGAGAUCAUAGAUGAAAUACUGGAAAUUUCACUCGGGACGGUCAACCAAUUCUCUGAGGCUCGUAUAAUGGACCUGCGAAAACGGAAUGAAGAUAUUCAGGAGCGGCUUCCACCGUGGCUUCGUCUUUCAAGCUCGACUCCUACCAAUUUAUCUGCAACUACUCAUUGGAUACAGACUGCACUGAAAUUCAAUUGUCUUCAGUGCUCGUUUAUCUUGGAACAAGUUUUUGUUAGGAAGGUCAAGGAUGAUAAGCAGCCACUGCUUGAUAUUUCGAGACAACUCUUGGCAUUAACGGUUUCAAUGUGGACCUCCAAAGAUCGCUUUCUGACAUAUUAUUCCGAUUAUGAUUGGAUUAUCAUGUGUUACGGAAUUCCAUCAGCAGGCGUCAUAUGUAUUGAACUCAUUAAAGAGAUGGAAUCUCCGGCAGCCGAGCCAGCCUACUACUUGCCCCGAUCAGAAGUAAUUCAAAACCUUAGUCUACUGGUCGGCUUCCUAGAUUGGGUAAGGCCGACAGCUGCGAAUCAUGAAUUAUGUGGAAGAAUGCGACAGAUCGUCAAGAGGACCUUGGAUAAGAUUCUCGAUUCGCCUAAAAUUACCAAUACUCCACAAACGUCUACUUCUACCGCAGUUCCGAUAUCAAAUCUUGCUUUCGAACCAAUGGUUAUGGAUGACUUGGAUUGGCUGGAUACUAUUGAUUGGGCAAAAGGACCAUUUAUGGACUUGAGAAUGGAGGGAUAUAAUGAAUUCUCUUGAGUGGUGGAAUAGAAUAGAACAGAAUGGCCUGGACUGGACUUGACUCUGUGUUUCUUGUGCCAAUCCAUACCCACUUCAAUUUGGAAACUUAAAGUGAGGUUUUUGCAGACUUUUCAUUUGUGUGCUUCUCAUUUUAGUGCCUCCAGUAAUUCUGGCAGCACUUGAAAAAUAGCAAUGUAGAUCGCGUAAAAUAUAUGAUACAUACUUCGUCAAAAAUUUCCCUA